AUGCAAGGGUUUCGCUACCGCCCAGAACUUCUGGAAGGGCUUCGCGAAGACCUCCUUGUAGAGCUCAAGAAAUAUGAAGAUUGGUUCUGGCUCGAUCCGCCCAAGUUGAAGGCGAUCUCAGAUCACUUUUCUCAGGAACUGGAGAAAGGUCUUAGCAUUGAGGGUGGUUCUAUUCCUAUGAACGUCACAUGGAUCAUGAGAUACCCAACAGGCCAGGAGAAAGGACGCAUUCUCACAGUUGACCUGGGAGGAACCAACAUCCGUGUAUGUGAUGUCUGUCUUUCCGCGGGGAAGAGAGACUUCGAGCAACGUCAGCGGAAAUACAAGCUUCCGGAGGAAGUCAAGACAACUACAAAAGAAGCCCUGUGGGGUUUUAUUGCGGACCGAAUCAAAACUUUCCUCAGUGAAAGUCACAGUGAUCCCAGUCCUUCAAGCCCAGUACCGAUGGCGUUCACAUUCUCAUUCCCAGUGGAGCAAAUGUCUAUCCGCAGUGGCAUUCUGCAGCACUGGACCAAAAACUUCAAUGUUUCCGGAGUAGAAGGGCACGAUGUAGUACCUCAGCUGGAAGAGGAACUUGCAAAGAGGGACGUCCCAGUGAAACUGGUCGCCCUCGUCAACGACACAGCGGGGACCCUUGUUGCAUCACGUUACCGGGAUCCGCAGGUAAAGAUUGGUAGCAUUUUCAGUACUGGCUGCAAUGCAGCGUACAUGGAAGAAUGCCGGUUGAUCCCCAAGCUGCGUGAUUCAGGACUGCCCGAAGAUGCAACUGUAAUCAUCAACACCGAGUACGGCUCCUUUGACAACGAGCGUAAGGUGUUGCCCUUGACUCCUUUUGACCGCCAGAUCGACGAGGAGUCUGCUCAUCCAGGCAGGCAGAUCUACGAGAAGAUGGUGGCAGGGUUGUACAUAGGAGAGAUGCUGCGUCUGGUAAUGCUGACAAUGCACGAGGGAGGCAUACUCUUCAAGGGCCAAGAUGUCUCGCGUCUUCGGAUCGCGAACUCAUUGGAGACAUCGUUUCUGUCUACUGUCGAGAUGGACAUGUCGGAAAGUCUGACCGACAUGAAAGAUGAGUUCAAGGAGAGCCUCAAUCUGGAACUCUCGCUGGAGGAACUGAAGGCGUGUCGUCAUCUUAUCGGCCUGCUCGCGAUGCGUGCAGCGCGUCUCUACGCGUGUGGAAUUGCAGCCAUCUGCAAGAAGAAAAGCAUCCGUCAGUGCCACGUUGGCGUUGAUGGCUCGGUGUUCAGUAAAUAUAGUAUGUUGAAGAACCGCGCAAUCCAGGGUCUUCGUGAUAUUUUUGAUUGGGAGGGAAACAGAUUGGACAUGAUUGCUCUGAACUCGGCCGAGGAUGGAUCUGGAGUAGGAGCAGCUUUGGUCGCGAGUUUGACUCUUGACCCGAGUGAAUUAGAAGACUGUAACAUGGAGGAAUAUAUGUAA